AUGCAAGAUGCAAGACAACACCCUCUGUCUGGAGGCCUACAAGGCCAGGAGUGGGAGAUCAAGCGCAGAACGGAGCUGGAAGACAGCGAGAAGAAGAGCGAGCGACCACAGCAGGAGAUCUUAAGAAGACCGUACAAAGACAAGCGAUCGAAAAAAGGAAGCAGGAGAUGCAGAAGACGGAUCAGCGGGCUAUGGGGAACCGGUCAACGAAGGAGCGAUCACAAAUACUAUAUAUUCCGGCAGAAACAGGAAGACCCCUACGAAAUCUUACAACCUGAUAUGAGCAAGCCAGCAACUUGGCGAAAGUUGGAAAGCGCACCUUCUCUGUCUGCGAUCGAGACGAAGUUGAUUGAUACUGCUGAGAUGCUCGAUGGACGUCGUGUCCUCCCACAGGAGGAUAUUCCUAACGGCUGGGAGAAAGGAGGCGGCUCUUUCGAGGACGGGACUAUGCUUCGAAAACAAUUAAAAAAGUACGUGCACGAGGAGGCUUAG